AUGCCUACUGAAGCUGAAAUUUUGGCGUCUUAUCCGCAAAUAUCCGCCCCUACUACCCAAACGGGCUUCACCUCCAAUUUAACCGAAGAGCAAAGGGCAAUAAUGCUCAAGUUGAGAGAACAAUUGGUGGCCAUGGGGUUCGAGUUCCGUUUGGACGAUGCGUCGUUGCUCCGUUUCUUGAGAGCCAGAAAGUUCGACUUGGAGAAGGCGAAAACCAUGUUUGUCGAAUGUGAAAAGUGGAGAAAAGAGUUUGGCACAAACACCAUUUUGGAGGACUUCCACUAUACCGAGAAGCCUCUUGUGGCCAAGAUGUACCCUCAAUAUUACCACGAGACAGACAAGGAUGGUCGUCCUGUUUACUUUGAGGAGUUGGGUAAGGUUUACUUGCCAGACAUGUUGAAGAUCACCACGCAAGAGAGAAUGUUGAAGAACCUUGUGUGGGAGUAUGAGUCAUUCACGCGCAACAGAUUGCCUGCCUGCUCGAGAAAGCAGGGCCACUUGGUGGAGACUUCGUGUACGAUCAUGGACUUGAAAGGUAUCUCCAUCAGUGCUGCAUACCAGGUGGUGGGAUAUGUGAGAGAGGCAUCGAAGAUCGGCCAGGACUACUAUCCUGAGAGAAUGGGUAAGUUCUACUGUAUCAAUGCGCCAUUUGGAUUCUCGACCGCAUUCAAGUUGUUCAAGCCAUUUUUAGACCCCGUCACUGUGUCCAAGAUUUUCAUUUUGGGCUCAUCGUACAAGAAGGAGUUGCUUAAGCAGAUCCCAGCUGAGAACUUGCCUGCCAAGUUUGGUGGUACCUCUAAGGUGACGGAAGAGGAAUUGUACAUGAACGACUAUGGUCCAUGGAGAGACCCAAAGUACAUUGGACCUGAGGGUGAAGCACCACGUGCUAUUUCGUAG